AUGAAAACAUUUCACAAUAUUUGCUCUAGAAAUACCCGGAACCGUAACUACCUUGCAGCACCUGUAAGACGCACCAUUAAAAAGUACCCGGAGAAUUUUUUAGGGGAAGCUAUGCAUCUAGCCCAAACGGCCGAUGCGAGAACUUCCUCUAAUUCCCAUCGUUGGAGCAAACCCUCGUCGAAACUCACUCCUCAAACUAGCCAAACUAGUUUUUCUUCUUCGAAAAUUGAAACCUCCCAGGCUCUGCUUCAAAAGGAACCGUGCAUUAAGGUUACGACGGUACGUAUAGAGGAACCUCCAACUUGUUCCUCUUUGAAGACUAAAUUUUUGAAGUUUUUCAAAUCUGGGUUGAAUUCAAGUCAUACGGCAGGGGGUCAUAGUAAAUUGAAUAAAGAUAAUACUAUAAGUAAUUCUAGCUUGAGGGAUACCGAUGAAAUGGAUUUUGUAUGCGCUGAUUUGGUCAAACAAAUGAAACAAGUUAAUGACGUACUUUAAGCAUAUUGUGUGUAAGAUCUUAUGUCAAAAGAAUCUCAAAGUAGGCGGCAAUGACAUAAAAUAAAAGUCCGAAUUUAUGUACGUAAAUGUGAAUUAAUUAAGACCAUGUGUGUAUAAUAGAAAUUCGCUUUUAGUUCUCAUUUUGCUUGGUCAAGAUUGUUCAUUGUUCUUUAUUUUAUACCAGAGAAUUAUUUAGCGUAAAACUUCUAUCGCUUGUUUGAGAACAUUUUGUAUCACUACCGCUACAUGACAGUGUAUUUAUGUUCUCAAUUAUUGAGCUCAAAACUUUUCAGAGUAAAAUUAUAUUUAUGAUGGCUGAAUUGUCUAAAACAGACUUAAAACUUAUUUUUUAAUUUUUUUACCUACAUAGAAUCUUACUGUUAAAAUCUUAAGCUACAUGGCAAAUAAAAUAUUUUAUGUUAUAAAAAUAAAGGCUUGUGAUAUUUAGCAUUUUAUGUAUAUAGAAUAUAAGCUGUUACUUUACUGUAAUAUUGAAAGUGUGUGAUUCUUUCCUCUUAACUUGAUCUGAAGGUUGUUUUUAAAUAGAUACAAAUUUGCAUUUAAAACUCCCUAAUCACUCUGCAUCAUUAAAUUUGGCCUAAAUUUUCUUAUUGGGAAAGAAUCAGCAGAAAAAACCGAGGGGUGGUUAACUCCGUAAAAUAUGUACACAAAUUUCAAAUCUUCAUUAAUUUUGUAGGAUUUUGAAAAUCUUCACAUGAUUUUACAGGAUUUUAAAAGAUUUUAGGUGAUUUUAGAGCAUUUUAGAGAUCCUAAAGGAUUUUUGGAGAUUUUAACGGAUUUUUGAGGAUUCCAAAGGAUUUUUGGAAAUUUUGAAGGAUUUUUUUUUAGGAAGUGAUUUUUUAAGGGAUUUUGUGAGGUUUUGUUCAAUUUCAAGUUUUUCUGGACUUAUUUAUACACAGAUUUUGACCAAUCAACCGCUCCGAGGUUUAGUUAACUCUAUAAAAUAAUGAACACAUAUUUUAAAUCUUAAUUGAUUUUGUAGGAUUUUGGGAAUUUUGAAAAUCGUUACACGAUUUUACAGGAGUUCAGAAGAUUUUAGAUUUUCAAAAUUUUAGGUGAUUCUGGGGCAU